AUGCUUUAUGACGGGCUGAGAUCCUUGAGAAUCAUUCUCAAGGAGAACCCCAACAAUUUUGAUGAGAAAAUGAGAGAUCUUACUGGACUCUUGCUCUGUGAUGCAGGACUUGUUAUUUUUUCCCUUUCUCUCAGUGUAAUUAAAGAUGGAUAUGUCAAGCAAAUGGAUCUUCAGUCUUUUCAUCAUUUCUUGAAAAGAAUAAAGCUUAUCAAGGCAAUAGUUGCAGAGAAAUAUCCAGAAACAUCACCGUCAUCCAAGUUUCCUAGGACUAAUGAGUUGGGAUUUAUCGAUUUUCUUCUAAAAUAUAUGGAAGAUUUGACAAAUCCAGAUGCCCAUUCAGUUGCUCUUUCAAACUAUCCAAUUCAUGCAAUCCAUGAAGAACUUGUUUACUUGCGCUUCUUCUUGGGAAGAAUUGUGGAAUUGCACAAUGAAGAUCGGGAGCUUCAAGCACUUUGGGAUCGUGUUGUUGAGGUGGCAUACAAGGUAGAAUUUCUUAUCGACUCCUUGUUGGUUGGAGACAAUCUAGAUUCUUCUUCAAUCUCAUUUGAUUCCGUUGAAGAAGAAAUUAAGAUCAUCAAAGCUGCGGCCUUGAACAUUUUUGAAAAAAAAACACUUGAUCUCAAUGUUAAGGAAGUUACCAAGAGACCAAAUAACAUGUCAUCACAGGGCAGCAUGCCAAUAAUCAAUGACAUGAUCCUGGGAUUGGAGGAUGAGGCAACCUCAAUAAUCAAUCGACUCACAAGAGGAUCAUCCCAACUGCAAAUUCUCCCCAUUGUAGGUAUGCCAGGACUUGGCAAGACAACUUUAGCUAAAAAGGUUUACAAUAAUUCUUUAGUUACAUCACAUUUUUAUGCACGUGCUUGGUGUACUGUCUCUCAAGUGUAUCACAGAAAAAAUCUGUUACUUGAAAUUUCGACUUGUAUUCACUCCAAGCCUCCUAACAAUUUUUCUGAGAUGUGUGAAGAAGAUUUGGCUGCAGAAGUCAGAAGAGGUCUGCUAAGGACUAGAUAUCUCAUUGUUUUGGAUGAUAUAUGGGACACUGAAGCAUGGAAUGAAUUGGAAGCAUCAUUCCCUGACAAUCGAAAUGGAAGUAGAGUGAUCGUGACAAGUAGAAAGUCUGAUGUUGCUGAUCCGAUAGAUGAACUUGAUGAAGGGCCUCAUUUCCUCCGUCUGCUGACCCCUUAUGAGAGCUGGGACUUGCUAAAUAUGAAGUUAUUUCCUGGAAAUGAUUUGCCUCCACCAGAAUUAUGCGAUUUGCAAACGAAAAUCGUGGAAAUGUGUCAAGGACUGCCACUUACAAUCAUCAUUCUAGCUGGAAUUCUAGCAAAUGAGGACCAACAUGGUUGGAAAGCACUUGUGGAUGGUUUAAGUUCAAGAAUCGUCUCUAGUACAGAACAAUGCUCUGCUGCAAUAGAGUUGAGUUACAAGAACCUACCAGAAAAUUUGAAGCCAUUCUUUCUAUACUUCGGAGCAUUUCCCGAAGACCAUGAACACACUGCUGAGAAGUUGAUUUGGUUAUGGGGCGCUGAAGGAUUUACCCAGAAAACUCAGUUCAAGAGUGCAGAGGAUGUGGCAAAUGAUUUCUUAAUGGAUCUUAUCCACAGAAGCUUGGUCAUUGUUUCCAAGCAAAGAUCCAUUGGUGGUGUCAAAGCUUGUCGCGUUCAUGAUUUGCUGCAUGAGUUUUGUGUGACAAAAGGCAAAGAAGAAAAUUUUCUGCAGCUGGUGCGUGGGUAUGAUGAGAUAAAUACUUUCAGAGUGCCACGCAACUAUACCUGGCAAUUGGGCGGGUUGGGCGGGUUUUGGGCGGAUUAA